GCUGCCUGCCCUAUGUUGUAUGCCUCAAAGCCUCCGGUAUUGCCAGAUCCGUGUUCAUGGGUUCGGAGGCGGUGCCACCCUUCGACGGCAGAUGCAGCCCAGCCAACCCCCUUCCGACAUGGUGGCUCCGACCGGCGUUGGCUUCCUCAUCUUCGCUUCCAGAUACGGCGGCUAUGGGAUUGCUCAGCCUCAGGCCAGAGAGAAAUCCCUGCUCGGCUUGCCGAUGUUGGCAGCGUGGUCUUCGGAUGUCGUUUCCUUCUUGGAGGCGCUGUCAAGACCCUUGGUUGCGCCCCUCUUUGAGCUCGGAGGAAACCCUAAGUCUGGUCUCUCCAGACCGGAUGGCGACGGCGUCUCGGCGUCGUGCUCCUUUUUGAAGGCGCCAUCUUACCCGCUCGCGGUGUCCCCGGUUUUGGUUCGCAAGAUGUUGGUGCUUUUGUUGGUUCGGCGUUGCCAAAGUUGGUUUGGGCUUGGUAGGUUUUAGCUGUGUUGUAUCCCCUGUUCGGGCCGAGCAUCCCUUACCUUUAUGCUCCGGAUACUCACGCUUACCUGCGUUAGUGUCAUGUGUUGUAUCCCAUGUGUAAAGUAGGCAAUCAUAUCGAUUCGAGUCCGUCAUCGUCUCCUCUUGUCGCUAGAAUCGAGAUGGAGGUCCUCCUCCCGGGUAACUUUCUUCCUGCCCGGACUCGUUAAGUUCUGGAAAGUAACCCUAUUUGAGUCCGGUAUAAGGUUCCGUUAGACGUAUAUACAGUACUAGCUACUACUGUAUUACGUAUGUCAGUUGUCAGCCCAUAUACAAGUCCGAUUCAAACGAGUGUCCGAGUAGGAGAGGGCGUACAGUACAUAGGCACGCAUAAUAAGUAGCCUCUCUGUUGUGAUAUACGGUGAAUCGUGAGAGAAAAACACAGAGAAGAGAGGGAAGGCAGCCAUUGUUGGCCAAAGAGUUUCUGAGGUGUGUGGAACCGCACGUACGCCACCUAAAAACUUGCGGGUCGUCCCGGCCGGCAAACAACAGCAAGCAAUGAGCUUCAUCUUCAGCGACCUCAAUUUCUUGGCUGCGGCGUCGGGUUUAGGCGGGAGCGUCCUCCACGGCCGCGUCAAGCUCACCACCCUCAAGCCGCGAGAAAUUACGGAACAGCGCCUGAUCAAACGGGGCGAUUCGGUGGUCGCGCAAGCCAAGGCUCGUUGGACCGUGUUUCCCUCGCUGUCGACCUGGGAGGAUACGGAGGACUUGAAGCUCAACUUUCCAGACCUGGUUGUACCUCACAGUGUGAUGGAGCAGCCAAUACUAGCGCUGGGCCGGCAGGCUGAAUGUAGUUAUCCGUGGUGGGCCAUUUCAGCCUUGUAGCUGAUUGAGCUUUAAUCUUUCUUUUUUAGAAACAAGGCAAAAGACUCGUCAUUUCUGCUAAUUAAGAAAAAAGGUUUAGACAA